AAGACUUUUUUAUAUGAAUUUUUAAUACGGCCUUGAAAGUUGUUGAUUGCGCUGACUAAUAUUGGCAACACGUGCGAUAACAUGUAAAUAUAAGACACGAUACAUAUUGAAAAUUGUCUGUACAUAUGACGAUACGAAUGUGCAGAGCGCACAGUUCGCGCGCAUACUCGCGUGCAUUCGCAUCUCGCGAAUAGUGAUUCGAAUUGAUAAGUGCAAUCUGUCGAAAUCCACUAUUACAAAUUCAUCUUACCGAAGAAAACGCACUUUGACACCGAGAAUUGAAUUUGACAGGAAAACAAUGGCUCAGACGAUCAAUCAAUUGACUGUCCCAGAUAGUUCUAAAUCACGUAGAUAUGAAACUUCUUCGCAAGAAACUGUACGAUCUGUGAUAAAAAUGGAAAAAUCUAAGAAAAAAAUUGUAAUUAUUUCAAGUAUUGGUAUAAUAUUGAUAGUUCUUGGUGUGAUCACAGGAUCUCUUUGGAUUGCCUAUCUUGAUAAUUGGACUAUUACAAAAAUACUGACGUUAACACAGUCAUCUAUUAGUUAUGAUUUAUGGCAAGAAACUCCUAUUCCAAUGUAUUUCAAGUUCUACAUGUUUAAUUGGACUAAUUCACAUGAGUUUCUUACUACAUAUAAAGUAAAACCACAUUUUGAAGAAAUGGGGCCUUAUGUUUUUAGGGAAAUUGAUUAUAAAGUAAACCAGAUCUGGCAUGACAAUGGAACUGUAACAUUUCAAAGAAGAAAAAUAUGGAUUUUUGAAGAGUCAUUAUCCAAGGGAUCUCUGUCUGAUAAAGUAACCAAUUUGAAUCCAAUAGUUGCGACAGUUGCAUUUUCCGUAAGAAAUAAGACUUCAUUUAUACGUAAAUUAACCAAUAAGUUUAUGGAAAGUCUGGGAGAGCAGCUAAUAUUUACGAAAAGUGUAAAUUCACUGUUAUUUGAAGGAUACAAUGACACAUUGCUGGAUAUUGCACGAAAAAUGAAUGCUACUAAAUUACCUUACUACAAAUUUGGCUGGUUUUAUGGAAGAAAUGGCUCUGAUAGUUAUGAUGGCACAUUCAAUAUGUUUACUGGAAAAAAUGACUUUUAUAAUAUGGGAGUUCUCAAUGAAUGGAAUUUCAAUAAUAGGACAGAUUAUUAUCAGGGUUCAUGCGGUUUGAUUAAUGGAACUCUUGGUGAUUUUUGGCCGCCAUUGCCAAAUAAUAAAACUAUAUCUUUAUUUGUUCCCGAUAUUUGCACAUCUGUAACAUUAAUAUACUCAAAUAGAACAACAUUUAAAGAUUUAGAAGGAAGUAGAUAUGUCGGAGACAAUACAAUGCUGGAUAAUGGUAAAAAUGUAACAUCGAGAAAGUGUUAUUGUCCCAAUGGAGAUUGCGGACCUAGUGGAACCUUAAAUAUUUCUUCUUGCAAAUUUGGUGCACCGGCAUUUGUUAGUAUGCCGCACUUUUAUCUAGCAGAUCCGAGUUAUACGGAAGCUAUAACAGGAAUGUUUCCUAAUAAAGAGAAACACGAACUAUCAAUUGUAUUAGAACCAACAACAGGUAUCCCGAUGCAGGUUAAAGCGCAACUGCAAUUAAACUUGUUGAUAGAUCGAGUAGAAGAUAUGAGGGUGUUUGAAACUAUAAGCACGACUUACGUUCCGAUGCUGUGGUUUACCCAAGAAGAUUUAACUGCCGAUUAUGCAAGCAAAGUUAAGCUACUUUUGACUCUUUCAUCACUGGGUUCUGUAACAUUCUUCGGAAUAGCGGGUAUUGGAAUUUUAAUAUGUACCAUUGGACUUUUUGUUUACAUUCGACAACUAUGGAAAGGAGAAGAAGGACAAGUGUUAUUAUCCAAAUACGAUAACGACGUUAUGAAUACAAACAAUACAUAAUUAUUUUUUCUUAUAUAUUAUCAGUAAUUGUAAAAUAUUUUUACUUUUCUUAAUUUAGUUUACCUUAUGUUCUUUACAAUUAUGUUCAAGACUUCUUACUUUGAUAAAACAGACGUAGAGAAGAGAUGAGACUGUAUGUCAAUGUCUUAUUUAAAUAUGUAUAUACAUAUUUCAAAAAAGUGCCUAAUUUAAACUUU